UUGCUUCUAGCUGUUGCUUUCUCUAUAUAUAGAGAGUACCACAAAGCAAUUUGUGUGUAGCAAACUCAGAAAUGGCUACUCAAGGACCUCUUCUCUUCUGUUCCCUUGUCCUAGUCCUCUCAUUUGCCCAUUGUCAUGGCGCAAAGCCCUCAGCUAUAUUCAGCAGGCGUAGCUUUCCACCUGGUUUUGUAUUUGGAGCAGCCUCAUCAGCCUACCAGUAUGAAGGAGCAGCACAUGAAGGAGGUAAAGGCCUGAGUAUCUGGGAUACCUUCACUGAAAAACAUCCAGAAAAGAUCUCAGAUGGGUCAACAGGAAAUGUAGCCAUUGAUUUUUAUCAUAAAUAUAAGGAGGACAUUAAACUGCUGAAGUUCAUUGGCAUGGAUGCUAUGAGAUUCUCUAUCUCCUGGUCUAGAGUACUACCAAGUGGAAGAGUGAGCGGGGGAGUGAACAAGGAAGGUGUCAAAUUCUACAACAACGUCAUUAAUGAGCUCUUAGCGAAUGGGUUGAAGCCCUUUGUGACACUUUUCCAUUGGGAUCUUCCACAAGCCCUUGAAGAUGAGUAUGGUGGAUUCUUAAGUCGUAAAAUAGUGGAUGAUUAUCGUGACUAUGUUGAUUUUUGCUUCAAACAAUUUGGGGACCGAGUGAAGCAUUGGAUCACUUUGAAUGAGCCAUACGUCUUUAACUACUAUGGUUACUCAACUGGGACUUAUGCACCCGGUCGAUGCUCCAACUAUUCUGGCACUUGUGCCUCUGGAAACUCUGCAACUGAGCCCUAUAUAGUAGCACACAACCUGCUUCUUUCUCAUGCUGCUGGUGUGAAACUGUACAAGGAGAAGUAUCAGAAUUCUCAAAAGGGAAUCAUUGGAGUAACCCUAAUAUCAGCUUGGUUCCAGACAAAAUAUCCAACAACUGCAGGUGUCAGGGCCUCCCGUAGAGCUCUUGAUUUCAUGUUAGGAUGGUAUUUACAUCCAAUCACAUAUGGAGACUACCCAAUGAACAUGCGAUCCCUCGUGGGGCAUCGACUGCCCAAAUUCUCCCCACUAGAAUCCGAAAUGCUCAAAGGAUCAAUUGAUUUCUUAGGAAUAAAUUACUAUACUUCAUAUUAUGCCACCACCUCCACAUCUGCAGUUAACAUGAUGGAGCUAAGCUGGUCUGUAGAUGGUAGACUCAAUCUAACCACGGAGAAAGACGGGGUUAACAUUGGUCAACCAACUCCAUUGGGCUGGCUUUACAUUUGUCCAUGGGGAAUCAGAAAACUUAUGCUCUACAUCAAGGAAAAAUACAACAAUCCAACCAUUUACAUUACAGAGAAUGGAAUGGCUACAGCAAAUAAUGCUUCAGUGCCUGUCAAAGAAGACCUCAAUGAUACCUUGAGGACAACAUUCCACCGUGGACAUUUGUACUAUCUCUCAAAAGCUAUCAAGGAGGGGGUCAACGUGAAGGGAUACUUUGUAUGGUCUUUUCUUGAUGACUUUGAAUGGGACUCCGGUUUCACCUUUCGUUUUGGCCUUGGUUAUGUGGAUUACAAAAAUGGUUUAAAGCGAUACCUAAAACACUCUGCUUAUUGGUUUAAGAAGUUCCUCCACAAAUGAAAAAAAAAAAAAUGUAAUCCUAACUAAGUGGCUUUCAUCUCCUCCUAUAAUUUGGUACUAUUAAAUUAGUAUGAGUCAUGUGCUAAAGAAGAUCUUCAAGUUCUUAACAAUGAAAAUAAUGUUCAUGUUUGUUGUACUAAUUAGAGAAUUGCUUUAACCCCACUAUAUUAGUAAUUAAGAGGAAACCUCGUCUUUCUCACUUCA